AUGGAAAUUGAAUGUAAAAUUCUUCUUGAUUCAUUUCAUCAACAUAUUAAUUAUCGAAAAAAACGUUUUAAAUCCAUUGAACAUUUACAAAAACUUCUUCUUUCAUUAAUAUUAAUUGAAAAAUUUCUAGAAAUGAUUUCUAAUUUAAGUAUAGAAUAUUUUACUCAUAUUGAACUUGAUUAUCUUGAAGAAAUAAAAUUAAUAGAUAUUGGUGUAUUUGCAAUUUUACUUACAUUACCAUCAUAUAAUCCUUUAAUUCAUCAACAUAAAUAUGAAUAG